AUGAUGACUACCACAAUUAUCCCAGAACCUACACCGCCGGUCGCGGACGCUCAACGGCGAUUCUCCUGGCUGCCGAGAUCCGCCACCCCAUCCCUGCGUAGCCCCACAUUCCGGCGGCGAACGGCGAGCCCGUUUGAUGACGACGAUUACUCAUAUGCUGAGAGCAACCCAUUUGGAGAAGAUUUUAGAGAGCAAAAUGAGCAGGCUGUGCGGGAUUGGGAUCGUGAGCAUGGCCACGAUCACAGAGAGAAUCCCUUUGAAGACUGCGAGUACGAGCUGCCACCGGCGGCGGCGAAAAAGGAUGGGACCUGGACCAAGUUCAAGAAGGCUAUGAGUCCACGACGUGCCAUCAGUAAGUGGAAGUAUCGAAAGGUCAAGCACGACGGCAUGCGACCUGGGCCUGAUGAUCCAGACCACGGUGAGGGCAGCCAUCAUCAGGGGCAAGUCUCUUGA